AGAAAAACAAGAAGAAGAACCAGUCUCUGCUGCUCCAGGUUCAGACCUCAUGGAGUCUGGUGUAAGUUCCGGUCGGUACCUGAGGUUCUGUCUGUCAGAGACCCAGCUGGACUUCCCGGGUCAGCCGUACUCGGUGUCCGUCCUUAAAGUCGGGUACUGCGUCCCUCAGGCCGACGGCAGCUUUAGAGCGGACGGAACCAUCUCCCUGAUUACCGGACCCAGAGUCAUCCUGGUGGACACCGGGGGACCGUGGGACCGAGACUUCCUCCUCCAGUCACUAAAGGACAGAGGUCUGGACCCCGGACACGUCCACGUGGUCGUGGGAACUCACGGACACUCGGACCACAUCGGGAACCUGAACCUGUUUACUUCCGCUCUGACCGUUGUCGGAUAUGACGUCAGUGACAAAGACACGUACCGACCCAACCGGCUGGCGGAGGGACAGGUCUACUCUGUAGACCAGCAUGUUUCCAUCAUUCCCACUCCGGGCCACACUGGACAGGAUGUCAGUGUCCAGGUGACAGGAACCUCCACUGGUACCAUCCUUGUUGCAGGGGACCUAUUUGAGUGCUGCGCUGAUGAGAACUCUUGGAGGGAUCUGAGUCUGAACCCUGCAGUGCAGGAAGUCAGCCGACAGAGGGCGCUGGACACCGCUGACAUCAUCAUACCAGGACAUGGACCUCCUUUCCAGGUGCUCCGAAGCUGAUGAUCAUGUCCUGGAUGAGUUACUGGAACCUGGUUUUCUGAGAUCUCAUAAACCUUCAGAAAGAGUUCAGAAACAAUGAGCAACAUGGAGGCCGUGGAAAAAUGUAUAAACACAGGAGAAAUGUAAAGUUCUGGUUCUAGACAUUUCUGAAGCUGCAUCCUGUGGUUUGGUUUGUUCAUGGAAGGAAACAAUAUCAGAGAUGAGUAAAGUCCUCAGAAAGGUCAAAGGUUGGCUGCAAGCAGCCAUUCAUUCACUAAUACGUUGUUAUCUAAGUGUGUGUAAUUUGCAACGUCAUCCACAAACCGUAGCCUCGUAUCAGAUCCUGUCAGGCCAGACCAGUUUUAUGAGAUUCUACAAAACUGGCCCACCAGAGGGUCCAAUCUGGCUGGAAGGAUGAAUUUGGUACAUGUCAAAAUAACGUUGAAGAUUUUCACUGUAAUAUUUGAAUAAAAAUAACUAAUAUUGUAAUAAAAGUAACAAAUUCCCAUGACGUUUAUAGAUAAUAGGAGGCAGGAGAUAACGUCCUAUCUCUUUCUGACCUAACAGAUCGGACUUCAGUUUGUAUUGUGAGGUUGGUCAGUUCAGGUAUAAAUAUACGGUUGACAUUUAUAAACUGGUUCAUGUUCAAAACGUUUUGUGGUUUAUAGUAUGCAUUUAAAACUUCAAAAUAUGGUUAAUUGAAUUGUUAUUGGACUACAAUAAAUUGGAUUGAAUUGGAAUGUGUCUGUAUAAGUGAAUUGAGAUUACUUUGUUGUGAAUUGGCCCUACACAAAUAAACUAAAAUUAAACUACAUUGAAU